GCCGGCAGGGAGAGACGUUGGGGAAGGGGGGGUCCUGAGAGGGGAGCCCCACCCCCACCCCAGGCGACGUGGCCAGCGGCCACCCGGGGCAACGCACCUUAGGGUGGAAGGACACUUCCCACUGACUACGUCUCGGGUCCCCACCCAGAGCCUCCCGUUCGGUAUUUUGGGGAGAAGGCACAGCAUCUUCCUUUACGUCCACUUUAAUUGAGCAUCUAGGAUGUGUGGGCGAGGCAGUCGCACAAGCAACGUGAGAGAAGCUCGGGUAGAGGUGCGAAGAGCUGGGAGCGCAGGGCGGGGACCUCGCAUGGGAGGGUGCGGGCGAGAGCCCGCCUCGCGAGCCCGGGCUACGGCCGCUUCUCCCGACCGUGACUGGGACCCGGGCAGGGAAGGUCGCUACAAAGCCUGCCAGGGCGAACUGAGGGCAGCUUUGUGGGGAGCCAUGCCAGGAAGCUUGGGAACCGUGAGCCACAAGAGAACCGCGUUGUUUUUUGAAUGUUUUGCACGCAGCCAGAGGAAGUCUGGCUCAUCCGAGUCGGCCAGCCGAGCACAUCUGGAAGUGGUUUCUGGGGCCGCCCCUCUCUGACAGCACAACUCCUGGAGCACAGAGGUGGAAGAAACCCGAGACGCUCCAAAGUCAACGCAAGCAAAGGGGAGUGCGGGUCGGGGAGGAAUAUUCUUUUGGAAACGUAAUAUUGGUCUUGGGGCUCUCCAGCCCUUUGGGACUUCCAAUGAGAUCUUAGAAGCGGCAGAAGCAUCGUGAGGGCGGCAGCCCAGGGCCAGCCACGAUUUGAACGCUCUGCCUUGCAGCUCUUCUGGACCGAGGAGCCCAAAGCCCUGCCCUCACCAUUCACCAGGUUACGGUUCUUGUCCACGUGAAUACACAUGGCUCUGUUACGAAAAAUUAAUCAGGUGCUGCUGUUCCUUCUGAUUGUGACCCUCUGUGUGAUUCUGUAUAAGAAAGUUCAUAAGGGGACUGUGUCCAAGAAUGAUGCAGAUGAUGAAUCCGAGACUCCUGAAGAACUGGAAGAAGAGAUUCCUGUGGUGAUUUGUGCUGCAGCAGGGAGGAUGGGUGCCACUAUGGCUGCCAUUAAUAGCAUCUACAGCAACACUGACGCCAACAUCUUGUUCUAUGUAGUGGGACUCCGGAAUACUCUGACUCGAAUACGAAAAUGGAUUGAACAUUCCAAACUGAGAGAAAUAAACUUUAAAAUCGUGGAAUUCAACCCGAUGGUCCUCAAAGGGAAGAUCAGACCAGACUCAUCGAGGCCUGAAUUGCUCCAGCCUCUGAAUUUUGUUCGAUUUUAUCUCCCUCUACUUAUCCACCAACACGAGAAAGUCAUCUAUUUGGACGAUGAUGUAAUUGUACAAGGUGAUAUCCAAGAACUUUAUGACACCACCUUGGCCCUGGGCCAUGCAGCGGCUUUUUCAGAUGACUGCGAUUUGCCCUCUGCUCAGGAUAUAAACAGACUCGUGGGACUUCAGAAUACAUAUAUGGGCUAUCUGGACUACCGGAAGAAGGCCAUCAAGGACCUCGGCAUUAGCCCCAGCACCUGCUCUUUCAAUCCUGGUGUGAUUGUUGCCAACAUGACAGAAUGGAAGCACCAGCGCAUCACCAAGCAAUUGGAGAAAUGGAUGCAAAAGAAUGUGGAGGAAAACCUCUAUAGCAGCUCCCUGGGAGGAGGGGUGGCCACCUCCCCAAUGCUGAUUGUGUUCCAUGGGAAGUACUCCACAAUUAACCCCCUGUGGCACAUAAGGCACCUGGGCUGGAAUCCAGAUGCCAGAUAUUCGGAGCAUUUUCUGCAGGAAGCUAAAUUACUCCACUGGAAUGGAAGACAUAAACCUUGGGACUUCCCUAGUGUUCACAACGACUUAUGGGAAAGCUGGUUUGUUCCUGACCCUGCAGGGAUAUUUAAACUCAAUCACCAUAGCUGAUAUAACUCUACCCUUAAAAUAUUCCCUGUCUAGAAAUGUGGAAUUGUCUCUUUGUAGCCAACUAUAACAUUGUUCUUUAUGAACAUUACCUUUGAUACAUAUGAGCCACCAUAUAAAAACCAAAAACUACUGUGUGCAAAUUAUACCUUGGACCAUACAGGCAUUGACUAACUUCUUUAAGUACAUGUGUUAACUAUGGAAAUCGAGAUUAUGUGACUGAAAAACAUAAAGGAACAGACCCAUCUAGAUACCAGUAAUCAAUCUGCUUAAUUCUGAAUAACAAUUAUAUCCACAAAUUUUUAAAACUUCUAAAUGUAUUUUUCACAUGUAGUAUCUUUUUAACAGGUUGCCAAUCUUUUCUUUUAUAAAACUAUUACAUUUAAAAUCUGGAUGUCUGAAAAAUAAAAUAUUCAUCAUUUU